GAUAAAAAUUUAUCAGCGAAUACGAUUAGAUUAUAUUUGAAUGUCCUGGAUAAAUUCCCCAAUGAGUUUAACACCAAUAAUUUAAGAGAAUAUUUUCGCACUAACCCAAGAAAUUAUGAAGCCACCAGCCUCAAAACGCAACAAUACGCUCUCAAUUCUUAUAUCAAAUUUAAGAAAUUUACUGUUGAAUGA